AUGUCUCGACAAAGUAACUUGGAGCGGGCAAAAUGGAGAAACAAGUGCCGUGAAGCGCUCUCUCAGCAUAUUAAUGACGGUCUCGGGCUCGAGAUUAACCCCCAACAAGUCCGUCUAUUACCUCACGAAGAUGAUCUAUAUACAUGGGAUGUUUCGGAAAACAAAAGGCAUCUAUUUAAGAAGCAUCUUAGCAAGCUAUCUACUGGGCCUCUUAUGGAACUCUGUCGAGAAGUUGGGCUGUCUUUCCGGGCAAUCCGUCAGCAAAGAACAGACUCCGAGAGUGAAAAUGCAUUGCCAUGUCAAGUUCAGGAGCAGAAUGCAGCACUUAAAGAGGAACUUGACUUGGCACGGCAGCGGGUAGACCUAGCUGAGAAGAGGCUUGAGCGUUUAGCACAAGCGUUUCGGAUGUUGAAAAGACGCAACGAAGUAACGGCCAAUUUCAUCUUAAGGCAUCGCGCACAUAUGAUAGACUACAUACGAGAAUCCAGAUGUAUGAAACAUUACUGA